AUGAUUUCCAGUUGCAGUUCUGUCACUGUCAGGUGGUUUGUGGAGUCACGACAACCGGAAGUGGUUCUACAGACUGACGCCAGUGGGGCUGUCGUCAGCGGGUCCAAUGAUCAGUUGAGAACCGCUGGGAUGCUGAGGGCAAAGGUCAAGUUACCAAACGACAACAACCUCGAGCGCUUCCUCUCUCUGGACACCAUCGAGUACAGCAGCACACAGGAAGUGUCAGCACUGAGCAUGCGCAUACUGAAGACGAGGUUCGACAGCCAGAACCUGAUGCGGCUGGACGCCUCGACUCUUGGGGUGGUCAUGCUCCUGACAUCUGGGUCAACCGUCAAAACCAGGAACUGGCAGCCUGGGUUGUUGACGUCUGCUGGCACUGUUACGACGUCUGCUGAGAUCACGUGGUAUUUGAGCAAAUGA